AUGAAGCUUCUAGUGGUUCUCCUCGCGUUGGUGGCAUUGUGUGCUGGAAGUCCUGUGAUACCACAGGAUAACAGCCACUACGUGGAGGGGGAGAGCCGCUACAUAUGGAUGCCGGACGGUGACGGCGCCCUCCACCUCGUCGACCUGCAAGCCCCUGCUGACGUGGAGUUUGCUGAAUCCAGGAGUGGCGCAAACAACGCGUACUGGCUCUUUACGAGACAAAAUCCCAGGAAUCAUCAAUUAUUGGUGAACAAUAACGCCAACUCGAUUCGCAAUUCAAAUUACAAUGGAAACCGACAGACGAAGGUCAUAUCACAUGGAUGGAACAGCAACGGAAAUUCCGGCGUGAAUACAAUGGUUAGGGAUGCUUUUCUGGCAGCCGGUGACUUUAAUGUUAUCGUCUUGGACUGGAGAGGUGCCGCCAGUGGAGUGUACACCACGUCUGUUCGCGCCGUCCCUGAUGUCGGGCGACAACUUGCCAAUUUCCUUGUAUUCCUAUUCCGAACUGCUGGCGGUAACUGGAACAACGUCCACUUGGUUGGACACAGUCUGGGUGCUCAUGUGAUGGGCAAUGCAGGGCGUGCUGCUCCCAAUCGCCCUGUUCGUGUAACUGGUAUGGAUCCCGCUGGGCCUCAAUGGGGUGGCAAUGCUAACGCCUUAAACCGCAACAGCGGCGUAUACGUCGAGUCUAUCCACACCGACGGUGGUCUCCUCGGUAUCAUGGAUCCUAUCUCCGACGCUGACUUCUAUCCCAACGGAGGGAGAAACCCACAGCCUGGUUGUUUUACCAGUGCUUGCUCUCAUAGCCGCGCUUAUGAGUUCUUCGCCUCUAGUGUCAGAACAAAUCAUUUUGGCGGCAGAAGGUGUAACAACCUUCAACAAGCUCGAGAUAUCCAGUGUACUGGAGCUGGAUUACAGAUGGGCAAUGCACAAUUAGGAAAGAGAGGAAGCGGUCUGUUUGGUCUGAGAACUGGCAGCGCAUGGCCUUUCUAA